AUGGCCCAGUCAAAGGCCAGAACCUCUAGUUCUCCAUCAGACCACAGGGUUCUGGAGAGGAAUUCUGGUUCUGGUUCUGGUUCUGGUUCUGACCCGCCCGUUUGUUCUGCAGAGGUUCUGAUGAACACCAAGCUGGAGACGUCGGACCUUCGCUGGACCAACCAUCCUGCAGAGGACCAGCAGUGGGAGGAGCUUAGCGGUCUGGACGAGGACCAGAACUCGGUCCGGACCUUCCAGAUCUGCACCACGGACAGCCCGUCCUCCUACUGGCUGAGGACGCGCUGGAUCCCGCGCCGCGCCGCCACCACGCUCUACGUGGAGAUCCGGUUCACCAUGAUGGAGUGCGCCUCCAUCAACCAGCGCCACUGCAAGGAGACCUUCAACCUGUUCUACUACGAGGCGAACGGCGACGAGGCCACGCCCACCCACCCCGCCUGGAUGGAGAACCCCUACACCAAGGUGUCCACCAUCGCCGCCGACCACCUGCUGCGGCGCGGCGGCCAGCGCCGCUCCAACGUCAAGCUGCUGCGGCUGGAGGGGCUGAAGGGGGCGGGGCUUUACCUGGCCUUCCAGAGCCAGGGCACCUGCAUGGCGCUGCUGUCCGUCCGCGUCUUCUUCAGGAAGUGUCCCUCCGUCCGCCGCGCGUUCGCCUCCUUCCCCGAAACCGUCCCGCACGCGCUGGUGGAGCAGGCUCAGGGGGUGUGCGUGGAGAACGCGGUGACGCCGCCCGGCGAGGCCUUCCAGCUUCCCAGCAUGCUGUGCGGCCAGGACGGCCAGUGGGUGGGGCAGCCCCUGUCCAGCUGCGCCUGUCGCCCCGGAUACGAGGCCGGAGACGGCGACGUGCGCUGCAGAGGCCCCCCCUCAGCCCCCCGCCACCCGGUCUACCAGCUCAACGACACCACAGUGACCCUGGAGUGGAUGGAGCCCGUGGAGCGAGGAGGACGGGCGGACCUGAGCUACCAGCUGCUUUGCUCUGACUGCGGAGCCGCCGGCGCCGCUAAGCCAUCCUGCUCCCCCUGCGGGGACAGCAUCCUGUUCCGCCCCGCCCAGUCCGGCCUCACACAGACCCGGGUCCUGAUCUUUGGACUCCGCCCACAAACCAGGUACCUGUUCACCAUCCAGGCACUGAACGCCGUGUCUGCCUUCAGCCAAUCAGAGCCCGCCUCCAUCAUGAUCAACAUGACCACCAGCAGAGACGUCCCGCCCCCUGUCUCAGGUGUCCAGAGGACGGCGGCGUCAGAGGACAGCCUGUCCAUGAGGUGGGACCCUCCGGUGGUCCAGAACGGACAGCAGGUCCAGGAGUACCAGCUGCGUUACAGACGGGCCGACAGAGACGCUCCCUGGGAGUACCUGCGCAGCGGCGCCCCCUCUCUGGUUCUGACGGGUCUGCAGCGGGCCACCCGGUACCAGGUCCAGGUCAGGGCCCAGUCCCAGGCGGGCUACGGGUCCUUCAGCGCCGUCAGCAGCUUCAGCACGCUGCCCGAUGGUGCCGCCCACGCCCAGCUGGUGGUCACUGCCGUCCUCGUCUCCGUGGCGAUGGUGAUGCUGAUCGCCGCGGUAACAGCCGGAUUCAUCUGCUACCGGAAGAGGCGGCGUCCAGCGCGGACGGAGCAGAUGGGACACUACCAGAUGGGACAGACGAUGAAGGUCUACAUCGACCCGUUUACCUACGAGGAUCCCAACCAGGCGGUCCGAGAGUUCGCCAAGGAGAUAGACGCCUCCUUCGUGAAGAUCGAGGAGGUGAUCGGAGCAGGUGAGUUCGGCGAGGUGUGCCGCGGACGGCUGAGGAUCCCGGGCAGGAAGGAGAACUACGUGGCCAUCAAGACCCUGAAGGGCGGCUACACCGAGAAGCAGAGGCGGGACUUCCUGUCCGAGGCGUCCAUCAUGGGGCAGUUCCAGCACCCCAACAUCAUCCACCUGGAGGGCGUGAUCACCACUUCCUGUCCCGUCAUGAUCCUGACGGAGUUCAUGGAGAACGGAGCGCUGGACAGCUUCCUGAGGAUGAACGACGGUCAGUUCACCCCCAUCCAGCUGGUGGGGAUGCUGCGCGGCAUCGCUGCAGGGAUGAAGUACCUGUCAGACAUGAGCUUCGUUCACAGAGACCUGGCUGCGCGCAACAUCCUGGUCAACUCCAACCUGGUCUGUAAGGUCUCAGACUUCGGUCUCAGCAGGUUCCUGACGGAGAACUCCUCAGAUCCGACCUACACCAGCUCUCUGGGCGGGAAGAUCCCCAUCAGAUGGACGGCGCCUGAAGCCAUCGCCUACAGGAAGUUCACCUCGGCCAGCGACGUCUGGAGUUACGGCAUCGUCAUGUGGGAAGUGAUGUCAUACGGAGAGCGGCCGUACUGGGACAUGAGCAACCAGGACGUGAUCAACGCCAUCGAGCAGGACUACCGCCUGCCCCCGCCGCCGGAAUGCCCCGCCUCCCUGCACGGCCUCAUGCUGGACUGCUGGCAGAAGGAGCGGGCCAACCGGCCCCGGUUCUGUGACAUCGUGGGGGGACUGGACCGGCUGAUCCGGAACCCGCCCUCCCUGAAGGUGACGCUGCCGGAGCUGUCCAGUCCGUCCCAGCCCCUGCUGGACCAGCGGGUCCCCCCUCCUCUGUCGGCCUGCGGUUCCGUGUCCGAGUGGCUCCGGGCCAUAAAGAUGGAGCGCUACGAGCAGAACUUCCUGCAGGCCGGCUUCUCCAGCCUGGACCUGGUCUCCCAGCUCAACACAGAAGACCUGCUCAGAGUGGGCGUCACCCUGGCAGGACACCAGAAGAAGAUCCUCUCCUCCAUCCAGACUCUCAGGAUACACAAGGCCACGCCCACUCUGCUCUACUGACCAAUCACAGCCCUCCGCCUAUGCCAAAGCUACAGCCGACCCGACUGACACAGAACCAAAGUUCUGCUCUGAGCAGCAGGGAGUUCAGAACGAACCAGAACCUCAGGAGUGGACCGUCGGCUCUGGAGACUCCGCCCACCUGCUCUUUACGACCAAUCAGAGCCAAUCAAGCUUAAACAGAGGACCGUUUUUAACCAAUCAGCUCCUCAGGAAGCCUCCAAGCUCCUCCCACCUCCUUCUGAUUGGACGUUUUUAGACUGAGGAUCAGUGCUCCAAAGACCCGCCCCCUCAAUGGAUGCCGUGCUCUGAUUGGCUGCUUGUUUCAGCUUGAGGUCUUUGAACCGCUAACAGAAGCUCUGCAGGUUCUGCUUUCCAGAAGGUUCUGCUCAGGAGGGGAGACCUUCUGGAUCCAUGUCUCCGUGGUUCUGCUUCCCUGGAGUUUUCUGGACCGGAUCCUACGGACCUGAAGUUCUGCCGGUUCUGAUGGACCUACAGAUGCCUUUAAAUGGACCUUUGGUCUGAUCUCAUGACUGAAGUCAGAACUGUUGACAGGGUUCUGAUCCAGGUGCUGCCCCGCCAUCUGGACCUGAACCAGGGUGGAUCAACGUUAAUGUUUUUGGACCCGUUCAGAACCACCAGAACCAGCUGGACCGCUGCUGGUUUUAUUCAAGCACUUUCUACCAGAAGACAGACCAUGAUACCAGGUGGUUCCGGUACCAGGUGGUUCUGGUACCAGGUGGUUCUGGUGCCAGGUGGUUCUGGUGCCAGGUGGUUCCGGUACCAGGUGGUUCCGGUGCCAGGUGGUUCUGGUGCCAGGUGGUUCCGGUGCCAGGUGGUUCUGGUGCCAGUCGCUCCAGGAUGCGGAGCAGCAAAGUUCUGUACCGACCCGUUUGUGUUUUUUAUAUCAAAAUAAACAAUCUUCUAAAGAUG